GGAGCGGUCAAUUGGUCCCGCGCUCUAUAGUCGAACGGUUGUUUACGGUCCAGUGUCACGGUUCGCGGUUGAACGUGUGCAGGUUAUGCAAGGUGUAGACUCAGCCUACGACAAGUCGAAAUGCAUCAUUAAUAAAACUGAACAAUUUUCUACGAGGAACCUCAAAUCCGAAAUAUGAAAAUAUUUUGUAAUUUAUAUAAAUAAUUAAAUAUUUGUCAUUCAGAGUCGUAAAAAUUAUUAAUAAAAACAAAUGAUAUUUUCAUAUUUCGAACGAUGUUCCUCGGUAUUGCGACAUUAAUCCGUUCCGUUCCACGUUUAAAUUAAGUGUAAUCAAGUGGUAUAGUGCAGUGCUGGCUGGCUGUUAGUUUUCAACAGAAUGCGAAGGCUGUGGAGCGUGUCGUAUACAGCCAUAGUGCUGGGAACGCUUUUUGUUAUGGUACCUGUUAGGGGUUCGUUGCUACCCCUAGAAGGAGAGCGGCUAAGCGCCAGCGUCGGUGGAUUUGCUGUUAUGAACUGUCACCUCGAUUUCCCAUUUGGCAAUGAAAUACCAUAUCAUUUGCAGUGGGAUAAAGAUGGUGAGAUUAUAUUCUCGUGGUAUAGCGGCGAAGGAAGUGCUCACCUGGCGGACCGUUGGGGCGGCCGCGUGGAGCGGCUGGGAGACGGUCGUCUCGGCCUCGGCCGGGGCUCCAUCAACGUGAGCGCGGUCCGAGAAACCGACGCCGGCCUCUAUCGGUGCCGCGUCACCUUCCCUAACCGCACGCCGCCCGAGCGCAACAACGGCACGUUCUACUUCCUCGAAGUGGAAGGUGGCAACUUGAUCGUCACGCCUCCUAUGAACGUGACGGUAUUGGAGGGAGACCGUGCCGAGUUCGAGUGUUUGCCAAAGGAUCCCGAAUCGAUAGUGGAGUGGUAUAAAGAUGGCAUUCUUCUCAGCGAACUACCGGAACUUAUGUUGCGCUGCGAGCUGGCUGCCAAUGGUAGCAUCGUGAUUCGUCGGGCGGUCAGCACCGACUUAGGAGAGUUUCAAUGUCAGGUGCGAGCGCCUGAUUCCCAACUUCAGACUGCCAGUGCAUACCUUGAUGUACAAUAUAAGGCGAAAGUAGUAUAUGCACCUCAGGAGCGUUACCUCCCAUUUGGGAAACCAGCCAGCCUCGACUGCCAUUUUAGCGCUAAUCCACCUUUGACUAACUUACGUUGGGAGAAAGAUGGCUUUCUCUUUGACCCUUACAACGUACCCGGCGUUUUUUACAGCAGAAACGGGAGUCUUCUUUUCAACCAAGUAGACGAAUCACACGAGGGACAGUACUCCUGUACGCCGUACAAUGCCUUGGGCUCUGAGGGUCCGUCGCCAAGUGUUCGAGUGAGGGUCCAAAGACCACCAGCUCUUAGCGCCCGUCCGCAGCCGCUUUACGUGGCACGGCUGGGCGACGCUGUCACCAUGCCUUGCGCCAUCGAUCCACAACCGCACCAUCUCGCUCCCACCUUACGUUGGACUAGAAAAGACGGCGCCGAAUUGCCCGAGGGACGACACUCGCUAUCUGAUGGUAACUUGACCAUCAGUUUAGUGUCGGAGGAGGACCGCGGCGUGUAUGUUUGUACCAUCAGUAACGAAGCGGCAGCGGUAGCUGUCGAGGCGGAAUUGUUGGUCGAGAAUGUACCACCCCGAGCACCAUACAACCUUACCGCCAAACCUUCUCAUCACUCAAUACAUCUUUCUUGGGUCCCCGGACAUAAUGGCCUCGAGGUAGACUACACAGUAUGGUACCGUGAGAGAGCAGUCAGUGAGUGGAGGACCAUGAAGAUCCUAUCACGCGGUGUUACUGACGCCACUCUUGUGGGACUACGCCCCGCCGCAGAGUAUGAGCUACGGGUUCUCUCCCAGGAUCACAUUGGCGACGGUCUCUUCAGCAAGCCGAUCUUUGUAUGGACUCUCGCACCAGAGAUAUUAGAGGAAGAGGCAACAGCAUACGCCGCAGCUGUAACGGAGGGGCACCCCGCGGUAGCAGACGGUGGUCUCGAUGAUCUUGAAGUCAGCGUACGACUCAUUGAUGACGGUGCGCUCAUCCGAUGGAGCCGUGACUCGAGCGACGAAUCCCGCUGCACUGUCCGAUGGUACGAGGGCUCCGCGCCUGGUACUCGUCUGCUGGUCACCGCUCACACGCAUCAUGACUAUAUGCUCAUCAAUGGCGUGGAGGAAGGUGUGCGCUACUGGGCGCGGGUGGAGUGCGCUAGCGGCGCGGGAGGUGGAGCCGCGCUGCACGUGCCGGAGUACACUCGGCUACGCAGCGUCGCUGGCGGCUGCGCAGCGGUUGCCUUGCUGCUGGCCGCCGCCGCUGCAGCGCUUUACUUCGCGCGGCAUCGCUUCUGGCCGCGCCGUGGUCGCGGGCGCGCGCCACCUCUUACAGACAAGCGUGUCCGCUGAUGCCACACUACAUAUACCGCUUAAUAGUGUCACAAUAAAAAAAAAGUGUCUCCAUAAGUUUUAAUUUAAUUGAUGUUAUUAUUGCUAUUAACUUGAUGUAGAUAGAGAACGAAAAGAAUUCUCAAUUCAAAAAAUA